CGUUCCCGGACGCCAUUACAGGGUAAAAUCCUGUGAAUCAGGACAAUUAAUUAGGCUAUAAGUACCCCAAGUACUGCUAGUGUCUUGGGUUUGUCCUGAGGAAGAUGACUGACCUUGCGGCGCCGAUGAAUAUGAAUAUGAAGAGGAAGGGUGUUGAGGUGGUGGCCAGCCAUGGAUUCUCCAUCUUCCUUGAUCCUAAGAGGAUCAAACUAGAGCUGCUGCCUCCAUAUGGUAUGGAUGGCAUGAUUCUGGACAUGAUGGAAGAUGACGAACCACCGGCACGUGCUCUAACUCCUACUGCUAGUGCACCAACCAUGGUCCAUGAGAAGGUGAACAUUGUAUCUGGGGGCAAAUCUUCAGAGCCACCAUUCAAGUUCAGUGAAGAACAGGACACUGCUGCAGCGACACCGAUGGACGUCGAGGCAGAAGCCCAACAACACCAGCCAUGCCGGAAUGCUCCUUUCUUUUCGGGUUUCUUCUGAUUUCCCGAGUGGCACUCUACUGAAUAUAGUGGUGUAAGCGUGUGGCCAGCAUAUAGAUUGAACAUAUCUGUUUCAUGCAGUGUAUUGCUAAUCUUUAGUACCACCUGGACUAGUAAAUGUUGUUAAUCUACCUUUUUGAACUCUUAAAUGUUACUCCCUCCGUCCCAUAAUGUAAGACGUUUUUUCCACUAGUAUAGUGUCAAAAAAUAUCUUACAUUGUGAGACGGAGGGAGUAUUAAUCUAUGGGUCCCUCUAGGGCUCAUCUAGAUGAGCACUUAGUGUUCAAGUAAGAUGACAUCAUUAAUGUUUUGUCAUGUUCCCCCUCCGCCUGUCCUUUGUUUUUUGUGGCUGUUUUUUCUGCUUCUGUCGAUAUGUUGGGUGUUCCAAUUGUGCUGUGUUUUUUUUUGUCUUUGCUUGUACUGUUGUUUGUCCCUUGGCAAUUUGGGUUGGGCUGACACAAAGAAACACAAGAAAAAUACAUAGGGGCAAAAAUCUCGAAAAGUGCAAGCAGAGGCUGAGCUCCAUAGAGCUCUUUAUUAGUUUUCAGAGGAAAUACUUUUUCCACACCUCAAAAAAAUCUGAAAAAAUAUACAUGUAGACAUAUCGUUGUAGUAUACAUGUAUAGAAUUUCAUGAACAUCUAUAUUCAUAUGUGAUGUACACAAAAUAGACAAAUACACAUAUUAAAAUGGGCCUUUUCUUUGUUGUAUUUGGGCAAGAUAUUUGUCUUGUGUAGCAUGCAAAUAAUAAAAUUAGUUGAUGAAAUUUUAUUAAAAAAUGAUACUUGAAGAAUAUACAUAUGUAUUUGUAGAAAAAAAUUGACAUUAUGAAACUUUUAAAUACAUUUUGAUUUUUUUUAAAACGAGCUCCAUGGAGCUUGGUCUUUGCUCUCCA